AUGCAAGCCAACGAGAUGAAAAUAUCUGUGCUUUUUAUUCCUCAACACGAAGUUGCUUUCGGUUGCAUUGCUAUUGGAGAUACUGCCAUAGCCUCUGUUGAUGUGAGAAAUCGUACCGAUCAUCCACUACGAAUAAGAGCAAAAUUGAAUAAUCCAGGGAAUGUUUUCACGCUUCUGGACAGUCAAAUUAUUUUGCUAGAUGCUCAGCGCUCUACGACUUUGCGAAUCGAGUUCUGUGCCACCCAAAAUGCACGAUUUUGUACUACCCUUUCUAUCAGUGCCAGUGGAGGUGGCGGUCCUGCCGUUACUUAUAGGAUGCCCGUACGUGGAGUUGGUGGUACAGCUGUGGUAACGGUGAAAGAUCGGGAGGAUUUGAAGAUUUCACGUAAUGGCUCAUAUGUACUACAAUCUUCGUAUGAAUCCACGUUUUCGUUCACCCUAGUGAAUUCGGGCAAGCGACAUGCUUUCGCGCGCAUGGUGGUAGUGUACUGCGGAGAUUCCGGCAAUACAGAACCGAUCCCCGUUGAUAUACGUCCAUCACCUGGAGUUGUGAUUGGUAGAGAUGAGUCUAUGGUGAGAUUUCGUAUAACUGAUGAUUUUGCUUUUUCAUUCUAUGGUUUUUCAAAAAUAUUUUUUCAUGUAAAUAUUAUGUAAUG